AUGUACUUUAAACAAGUAGCACAAAAUGAAACAAAUUUAUUUCGUUCAGAUGAUGCUUAUGCAAAAGAUCGAAUUAAAAGUGCACGAUUAAAACUGAAUGAAAUUAAUCCAGCCGUUAUAAGUGGAUCUGAUUUGAUAUUAAAUAAUUUCCUUCGUUCAUCAAAUUUGAAAGAUGCACGUCGUCAAAUAGACAAUAAAUGUGCUCAAAUUUUAUUAAAAUAUAAUUCAAAUCAUUAUCAUAAAUUAACAGUUGAUGAACAAAUUGAUUCUAUUAUUGAUCCAGCAACAGAUGCUGAUACACUUGGUCGAUCAUGGGGCUAG